AUGGUCCACUUCGCAUACAGCCACAUAGUCUUCUUCACCCUGUUGGCACUUACAGCCAUAAAUUCAGGCGAGUCAACGAGUAAAGAUGCAAUUUCAGCGAGACUUGCUAAAAUCAAUGACUUCAUUCUCAAAGAAGAACCACACUUUCAAGGAAACAUGAAAACGUUUCUGGGCUGCCUGGAAUAUGCAUACGAGUACUAUUGGGGAUUCAAGGCAUUUAAUAGUACGUUGUGGCAAUUUUUCAAUUAAAAUAUCAUUUUAUUUACGCAAUAUGUUCACUAAAUUGAGUUUUCAUCUGAUAAAUAAGAAGUUGGUUUCAGGAUUCAAUCACAGUUGUUGAUGUGCUCUCUCACCGAUCAUUUCAAUACUGAACGUCUAUUCGACAGUGGUGUGAUGAACGUUAGCAAGUUUUCUAACUCAAAAUUGAUCAGAUCUGCCGAAUAUGCUUACUUCAGUCUAUCUCUCUCAGAUACGCUUAACUUUUUUCCCGAAGGUAAGCUAAAUAUUUUGAAUCAUUUCUGUACUUACUUACCGUCAUAAUUAUUUCUUGUCAAUAUUCUGACUAACAAUCUUCAUCUGGCCUAUAUUCGCACUUCACCAUCUCAACUAUUGUUAUUUUAGUCCUGACUUUUAUUUACUGACUUGAAACAAAGAUGAAUAAUUUCCUUAUGCACCGAUGAAGAUGACGAAUUGGUUGACGAUUCAUCAGAAUUUCGGUUGUGUUUGCGUUUAACAUGCAUAAAUUUGUAUGAGCACUAUACUGAGAAAACAAUAGACAUGGAUUGAUACGUGUGAAACUAAUUUACUUACAGACCCUCAUAAGAAAUUAGUCGAUGCGAAAAACUGUAUCCAACAAGAAACCUUGGAAUAUAAAGGUAAGUAGGAUUUUAUUACGCUAACCAGUCUGAAUUGUUUCGUCUGUGUGGAGUAACGAUUUUUGAAAUGCAAGUCUCCACGCAUCUUUUGUAACUUUGAGUGAAUAAUCAAACUGUGUUUUACUCUUACUCACCCAUGAACAGCGAUUAAAGAGGCGUUCCACCCAAAGAAUUGUUACGGGUUUGUAUUUCCAACGAAAGGAGGUAUUCAUUUGUUCCUUUUUUACAUUCUUGAUGAACACUGAUGAACAACAUUUUCGCAUACACCCACGGUGAGGGUGCAUUUUCACAUGUCACAAUACCUUCGUCAUCAUGAUUUGAAUUCAUGAACAUCCAUCGCUUAUUAUGUGCUAGUCAAUGAUGAGGAUUUUCCAAGAGUCAGAAAAUACUGUGUGAAGUAGGAUGAACAAGUUUAGUGUUCUGGAUGGUAGUCAGUCGUCUAAAAACGGCAGUUGUGAUUUUGAGUAAAAACACACACACUGGAAGACAAUUUGUUGAACGUGAAACACUGAAUGAGUACCACAAAAGUGAUAUUAUGACUGCAGUUUGGACAAGUUUUACUCUUAACUUCAUGCAAGUGGAUGAGUUUGUGAAGUAGUCAAUUGCUUGUGUCUGCGUGCAAAACAGACUAUUCAGCGUUAUUUCAUGACAUGUAUGAUCCUGUGAAGUGCGUUCUCAUAGGUAUUCAUCCCCCCCUUGAUUUAUUUAUCAGAUAUAAGAGGACUCAUGUCAAGAGAAUUUGAAUUAUACGAGCACAAGCAAAAGCUUACUAUUAAAAUUUGUGAGUUCAUUUUCUCUGUAUGAUUGAACUCCACAAUCAACAAUUUCUAUGCAAAAACAAUAUAAAGGCAGUGCUGUGAUUGUGAGAAUAGUCAAUCCCUGUCCAAGAUUAGUUAGUUAUCAGAAGAACUCAGUAAUAGACCACAAUCCCUUUCGCUGGUCAAUUCAAAUACUUCACAAUCUGUUUUAUCAUUUCUAGAUGGGAAAAUUCUGAACGAAAACCUAUUGAAGGGGUUGUGAGGUGAGAUUUAUUUUGCAUUAUAUUUCCACAUUUUAUCAUAAGAAGGUCUGUUAAUGCGGUUAUGACUCAAAUUUGAAGCGAACGAAGUGUGAUAGUGUAGGAUGAUGAGUGGGGAGGGCACAACACUGGAUUCGGAUAUUCACUGCAACAUUCAGAGAAUAUUUUUCACCAUAGACCAUCAUUUCGCUGUCCAGCUCAAAUAUUGAUUCAUGAAUGUGUGGUUCAAAUUACACUGUAUAAUACUCGUGUUUAAUCGAUUGAUGAAAGCAUCAUGAGUGGUGUUGUAAGUAACCGUGUGCACAUUUCAAAAAUGUCACUGAGGCUAUGCAAUCAAGCUGGUGAAAUUCACACGAUCCAUAGUGAAUUAUUGAAUUUAACAACUCAAAUAC